AUGCAUUCACCUCCCCGUCCUCCCCCCCAGGCACCAACGCUGGUCGUAGACCGGCCGACUGGUGACCUUCGCCUCAGCGAUGGCCUCUCCGUUUCUGGCACCAAACGCAUUUCCAGUAUUGCGGGAAUUCUGGGAAUAGUGAAGCUGAAACUGGACAAGUACAUCAUCGUUAUCACGAAGGCGCAGCCGAUGGGACGCCUGCGCGGCCAUAUGGUAUACAAGGUCGCCUCGACGGAGUUCCUCCCCAUGCGCGAACGCCCGCUCCACGACACCGAUGAAGAUACCUAUCUCGCGUUGAUUAAAAAUAUGCUGCGCACCGGGCCCAUGUACUUCUCCUACUCCCUGGACCUUACCAACAGCUUCCAGCGCCAGUCGCAAAGUGCCUCGACUAUCCCCAUGUGGAAGCGUGCCGAUGACCGUUUCUUCUGGAACCGCUUUAUUCAGUCAGAUCUGAUCGACUUCAGUCUGGGAGAAACUGACACGAGCGGCAUUCGCUAUGGUCCGCAGCCGGGCGUCGACCCCUUCAUCCUUCCUGUUAUGUUCGGCAUGAUGCGUAUCACCCCCGCCAGAGUCAAGGGAACGUCGUUCACAUUUGCGCUUAUAACUCGACGAUCCCGACACCGCGCCGGAACGAGAUACUUCACUCGAGGAAUCGAUGAGGAAGGCCAUGUCUCGAACUACAACGAAACAGAGCAGAUCGUCAUUUUGAAUGAUGCGACAGGUGGACUUUCAGGCUUUGCUGGAGGGCAGUCAAUGACCAAUGGCAAAGCUAGCCAAGACCUCCAGGUGUAUUCAUUUGUGCAAACUCGAGGUAGUGUGCCCGUGUUCUGGGCCGAAGUGAACGAUCUCAAAUACACGCCCAAGCUCCAGGUCCGCGGUGUUGAUACCGCUAUCGAAGCCGCGCGCAAACAUUUCUCAGAGCAGAUUCACUUGUAUGGAGAGAACUACAUGGUCAACCUGGUCAACCAGAAAGGCAGGGAAGAACGCGUCAAAAAGGCCUACGAGCAGCUGGUUCGGACUCUCAUCUCUUCUUCCACCGAGACCACCGAGGCUGAUCAUAAAACUUCCGAAAAGAUACACACCUUGGAGCCAGGCCUCAAGCAGAAGGAGAUGGAUCAUCUUCACUACGUUUACUUUGAUUUCCACAACGAGACCAAGGGCCUUAAAUGGCACCGCGCUGAACUCCUAAUGGGUCGCCUGCAGGACGGACUGACAAAGGGUGGUUACUUCCGAGGUGUCGAAUCUCCAGGAGUUCCCGGCGGACAGCUGGAAGCUCGAUCGACACAAAGCAGCGUUGUUCGGACCAACUGUAUGGAUUGCCUCGACCGCACCAACGUUGUGCAAAGUAUGCUUGGCCGCUGGGCGGUUACACGACACCUCAUGGAUGCUGGUGUCCUUCGCCAGGGCGAGACGGCAAACGAUGAUCGUGAUUUCGAGGAUCUUUUCCGCAAUAUCUGGGCCGACAACGCCGAUGUGGUCUCCAAGUCCUACUCCGGCACAGGUGCUUUGAAGACCGACUUCACUCGCACGGGCAAGCGCACCCGGGCUGGAGCCCUUCAGGAUUUGAGAAAUUCCAUUACUCGCUACGUGCGCAACAAUUUCUUGGACGGUCCCCGCCAGGAUGGAUUCGAUGUAUUUUUGGGCGCCUAUCUCCCCUCGCACUCAGGACCCGCGAAUAUCCAGCUGUUCCUGGACCGACGCCCCCCUUAUUAUCCAAGCCAUUCCCUACGUCUGCCCGAUGCUGCCGUCUGGCCCCUGCGCGUGUUUAUGAUCUUUUGGUUGGUAAUUGGCGCAUACUGCUUCCGCUUCAUUUACGGCCACGGUAUGCUCUAUGUCAACUGGCCCAAGUUAAACACUCCCGUUGCAGGCGCCGAGGGAUACCAAGAUGCUAUGAUCAAAGCCCGUUCCGACCCUAUAAUCGGAAAUUGGCUUCCUAACAGAAGACACCAGCGCGGCAUCAGCAAUGCCCGUCUCGUGUUCCUUGAAGAAGGCAAGACCAGGAUUGAAUGA